UGUUUAACAUGCAGCAUGAGGCCAGUUGUGUCAAUUCAAAAACUUGCCCUUAAAGGUGCUCUGGAUUUGUCCAUGUUUCAUUUCAUUACCUGAAAACUGAACUUGGUUUCCACACCCAAGGGAGAGCAGCAGUUCUGUGUUUAUUACUUCAGCAGAUUUGUUCUGUUAAAAGUGAGAGAAAUUUAUGUCUGCUGUUAAUGCAAACUGGGUCUUUGAAAAGCUGUCUGAAGCAUGAAUUUCGUAUUGCUUCUCCUUUCACAUGGACCUAACUGCAGUAGCCAAGCCUUGCAAUCUUGGUGACAAGAGUACAAGUGAUGUCAUUCUACGCUUGAGAAACGAUGAAGGAAGACCUGAAUGGUUCUACUCACACUCCUCCAUUCUCAUAAAGAAAAGCAGGUUCUUUGCAGAUCAGCUGUCUAAUCCAGUCUCUGGCCCCUGCAUUGAAAUUCAGUGCUCAGACUCUACUUAUGAUCAUCAUGUUAACCUUUUGAGAUUAUUGUAUCUCCCUACUGAUUUACUUUUGGACUCCCUGGACUCUGUUAAAUCUGCUAUUGGUAUUCUUCAGUUAGCAGUUGCCUUCCACUGUGAAGACAUCACAAAUUGCUGCAUCCAGUACUUGGAGGCUAUUCCUUGGGAGGAUAAGGAAGAGGAACAAAUUUUAAAAGCAGUCUCGAAACUGGGGCCAAUAGCCAUGCCCAUAUUGGCGAGGAUCCAACCAGUAGAUGUAAGUGCCACCAAAAAUGUAUUUGUUUCGGCAGUUCGCUUUGCCACGUCAAUUGGUGGAUCCUGUCCACCCUUUGGAGAUGAGCUUAAAACAUCUGCUCAAGAACAAGUGGAAUUCAUGCUUGGAGGAGAUGAGGAUACCCCACUAGUUACAGCUGAUGAUGAAGUAAAAGCAGUGGUGAAAAUGGGUCUUUCCCAAAUUUGUUCCUUAUUUGAAAGGGAGUUGUCUUCCUUGCUUGUUAUUUCCGAUGUCACUGCUGACACCGUGGAGAAUAGAAUUUUGCAGAGCCUAUCCGAUGUUGAGUGGAUGUGUAACAUACUCCCAAAGAUGGAUUUAAUGAAGGACUUUAUUUGUAGUUGGGCUGAAAUGUCCGCUAAGGUUUUGGGGGUAGUUGAAGACAAGAAACUUGAUAAUGUUAUGUGGGGUUUGAAGGUAAAGCUUAUAGAAGUGACUGGAAAAGUGCUGGAAGCAGUUGGGUAUGGAAAUGUGAUCCUCCCUGCACCAUAUCGGGUGCAAUUGCUAAAGACAUGGCUACCCUAUAUAAGGAAGAUAAAACCUCUCCUAGAUGCAAACGGUAACAAGGAGACAGAUUUUCCUUACAAGAUGGAUGAAGACCUGUGCCAGAGUAUUGAGGGGGCAAUUGUAUCCUUAGUUCUAGCAUUGCCAUCAAAUGAUCAAGCUGAUAUUCUAUCAGACUGGAUGGAAACUGAACAGGUUAGGUAUCCUGACUUGAGCGAGGCAUUUGAGGUAUGGUGUUAUAGAACCAAGUCAGCAAAGAGAAGAUUGAUGGAGGGCUUGGAUAGAGUUGGCAAUCCCACCAUUAGCCUUUGAUUUGUACUCUAAUAUUGUUGUAUGAUUAAUUUAUCAAAGGAAUAGACGGUGGCAAUCCCCGUUCUGCUAUUCAUGUAAUUUUGGCACAAUCAAGCUCUACAUGAUCCUUUUACCUGUUUUUUUA